GCCGGGUCGGUCCGAAGGCGGGCGGCCUGAUAUACAACUCUAACUGCUGCUUGUACACUUUUUCGGCGGUGUCGGGAUCUCACCAUCCGAGUUCCAAUCUCGUGGCGAGGCGAGAGAAAACGAAGCUCGGGGCAGCGAUCCAGAUCAAUAAUGAUCCAUUUUGUAAUUCUAAUUAGUCGACAAGGGAAGGUGAGAUUGACAAAAUGGUAUUCUCCAUACCAACAGAAAGAACGAGCCACGGCUAUCCGGGAGCUUAGCAGCCUUAUUCUUACACGAGGACCAAAACUUUGCAAUUUUGUUGAGUGGAAGGGAUACAAAGCUGUGUAUCGAAGGUAUGCUAGCCUAUACUUCUGUAUGUGUGUCGAUCAAGAUGACAACGAACUUGAAAUCCUUGAGAUAAUUCAUCAUUUUGUCGAGAUAUUAGAUCGUUACUUCGGCAGUGUGUGUGAACUUGAUUUGAUCUUUAAUUUCCACAAGGCAUAUUACAUUUUGGAUGAGAUUUUGAUUGCCGGUGAGCUUCAAGAAUCAAGCAAGAAAAUUGUUGCUCGACUUAUAGCUGCUCAGGACACAAUGGUGGAAACAGCAAAGGCGGAAGCUGGUUCAGUCAGCAAUAUGAUUGCACAGACAAUGUGAUCAAGGUGCCCAGUGGGGAAGUGGUGAUAUCUUUCUACUCAGACCUUUGUUAAUGUUUCAUUCCAUUUAUGACGUCAUUCAUAGCAUUAUUCCUUUGAUAAUGACUUGUUGCUUCUAUGCUUUCAUUUUAUGCAAAUAUUCUUGUUCCUUUU